UCUCAUUCUUCCCGAAGAUUUUUCAUUUGAUUCGCUGAAUCGAAGCAUCCAGAAACAGAGCCAUAAUCUCUGUCCUCAAAAAUAAAAUCUAAACCCUCCAAAAACCCCAUCCUCUCUCUCUCAAUUAAUAGCACAGUCUACCCAGCUAAAUUCAAUAUACCUUCACGACUUAAUUAUGGCUUCUCUAUCUUUGGACAUAGCCACGACCUGCAUCUCCUUCGCUUCUCGCCACCGAACUCCACUUGCCAGAAUCCGCACCGCUGUCCUUCCUCCCUUUCUUAAACCCCAUCAGACCUUAUCUCUUACUACACGCUCGUUUCACUCCAGAAUCGUCGCCGUCGGUUUCUCUAAACCCACUUUCAAUUCUUGCCGCAGGUUCACCGUCUCCGCCGCUUCCUCCACCACCGCGGCUCCUCAGAGUGAGGAUUCUGAUUUGACCACUAAGAUUCCGCCUGAUAAUCGGAUUCCAGCUACCAUUAUUACUGGGUUUUUAGGGUCUGGGAAGACAACAUUGCUUAACCAUAUCUUGACAGCUGACCAUGGGAAGCGCAUAGCAGUCAUUGAAAAUGAGUAUGGUGAAAUCGACAUUGACGGCUCUUUGGUUGCUGCAAAAACUACUGGAGCUGAGGACAUAAUUAUGUUGAACAAUGGUUGUUUAUGCUGUACAGUGAGGGGAGAUCUCGUGAGAAUGAUAUCAGAAUUGGUUGCUAAGAAGAAAGGGAACUUUGACCAUAUUGUAAUAGAGACUACAGGGCUUGCAAAUCCAGCACCAAUAAUUCAGACUUUUUAUGCUGAAGAUAGCAUUUUUAAUGAUGUCAAGUUGGAUGGUGUUGUAACUUUGGUUGAUGCUAAACAUGCUCCUUUUCAUCUGGAUGAUGUUAAACCAAAGGGAGUAGUCAAUGAGGCUGUGGAGCAAAUUGCUUAUGCUGACAGGGUCAUAGUAAAUAAAACUGAUCUUGUCGGUGAGAAAGAAAUUGCUUCCUUGGUGCAGCGGAUAAGGAACAUCAACAGCAUGGCUCAUUUGAAGCGGACAGAGUUCGGAAAAGUUGACCUGGAUUAUGUCCUUGGCAUUGGGGGCUUUGAUUUGGAGAGGAUUGAGAGUGCUGUUGAUGCAGACAGUGGGAAGGAAGAUCAUGACCACGGUCAUGACCAUGACCAUGACAAUGACCAUAACCACCACCACCAUCACCAUGAUGAGCAUGAUCACCAUCACGAACAUCAUGAUCACCAUUCCCAUGAUCACACUCAUGAUCCUGGUGUUUCUUCUGUCAGCAUAGUUUGUGAAGGAAUGUUAGAUUUAGAGAAGGCUAACAUGUGGCUUGGUACGCUGUUGCUGGAACGUAGCGAGGACAUAUACCGGAUGAAAGGUCUUUUAUCUGUUCAGGGCAUGGAUGAGAGAUUUGUAUUUCAGGGUGUUCAUGACAUAUUCCAAGGCUCACCAGAUCGGCUAUGGGGCCCAGAUGAACCUAGAAUAAACAAGAUAGUGUUCAUAGGGAAGAACUUGGAUGCACAGGAAAUAGAGAAAGGAUUCAAAGACUGUUUGCUAUGAUUGUAAACAGAAAGAUCAUGUGAUGUUUCGACCUUCGGCACUUGAUACUGUACACUGGAUGUGAUUUUUACUGACAAAAUGGUCUAAAUGUGGAACAAUAUAAUCAACGAAACCUGGAAAUCAUAAAUAUUUACUUGAUCUGUAGUUGCUCAAAUGAUUUCAGUAAAAUGCCUUGGGCGAAAUUAUAUAUGAAGUUUUUAUUCGGUAAUAUGAAUUUUA